AUGUGUCCUGUGUGGUUAUUGGUGGCUGUGGUGGUUGUGGGCGGGGCCAGAGGAGCUGUCAGUCAGUGCUGGGAGCAUCCGAGCUGUCAGGAAGUGAAGGAUGAGAGAAGCAUGAAGGAGUGUAUCAAGCUCUGUCACUCUGACCUGACCAAUGAGACGCCCGUCAUCCCAGGCCCCUCCCACCUCCAGCCUCUCUCUCUGUCAGACUCCUCCCCCUCCUCCUCCAAACGCUCCUACUCCAUGGAGCACUUCCGCUGGGGGAAGCCCGUCGGCCGCAAGCGCCGCCCAGUCAAGGUCUACGCCUCCAACGGCGUGGAGGAGGAGUCUGCGGAGGUGUUCCCCGGCGAGUUGAGGAGGCGGGACUUGGUCAAUGAGCUGCUAGCAGCAGCGGAGGUGGAGGAGAAGGCGCAGGAAGUGAUGGAGGAGGCGGAGGAAGCGGAGGAGGAGCAGCUCCUGGGCGGAGUCCAGGACAAAAAAGAUGGUUCCUACAAGAUGAAGCAUUUCCGCUGGGGCAGCCCCCCCGCCGCCAAACGCUACGGCGGCUUCAUGAAGAGCUGGGACGAGCGCAGCCAGAGGCCGCUACUCACGCUCUUCAAGAACGUCAUCAACAAAGAUGGCCAGCAGCAGAAGUGA